GGGCGACUCGCUUAAUGCUGAGUCGACCUCGGCGAGGGCCAUUACCGUUUCAUAAAAUCGUCACUGAUAUUAGCCACGAGCGAGGAUCGAACUCGGAUAUCUGCAAGGGUUCGCAGCGCAGGUGCGGCCGGCGCUAACCACUUCGCCACCGCUCCGCACGUGCACGCACGCGCACGCACGCACGCGCGCGCACGCACAGCGGAACUGAAGACGUAGUAGCCUCGGCUUGCCCCGAACAGGUCUCAUUGAUUACCCUGCAGCCCACACAACCCUCCACCCCACCGCCCGACCGCGCCAGGCGAAUCACUGUGUGAUCGGUGGGAACUAAGACCAUUGUGAUGCUAAAGCAACUCAGGGUGGGGCGCGGGAGGGAGAAGGGGGGGGGCGAUCUCUGUCAGAUCUCGAGGGUCCAGUUCUCUUCACCCGCACCCCAACCUCCUUCACCACUGCCCUCCUCCUCCUCCGCUCUCUCGCUCUCACUCACUUGGCACUGACGUGCGCUCACAUCGACUGCCGACAGACCGAGGCGCGUUAUGCACAGAGCCCCGAGACCCGCGUAGAGUCUAUCGCCGCGGUUAUUGCCUGUAUUGUGUGUGCAUGUGUGGGUGUGAUGAUAAAGGAUCAUCAGCAGCAUCAUCAGCAUCAUCAUCAUCAGCAGCAGCAAUGGGAUUAUAAUUAUCAGCAGCAGCAGUGACAUAUUUGUCAGAAGCGGUAGAACAAGCGUGCAGCAGUAGCGCAAACAGCUUUACUGAUAUAAUUUUCACCAUCGCAAUCGUCAGCAGUAGUAAUAGAUUAUCAUCAGCAGUCGUGGAAACAUCAUCAUCAUCAGUGUAAGCAGGAGCAGCACGAUGAAAGAAUCGCUAUCAUCAUCAGCAGCAGUAGUAGCUGCGGCAGUCACAGCAACAGCAUCAGCAGCGACACCUAUAUGAUCUGUUAUCGUCAUCAGCAGCCGCAACUUAAUCAUCAACUUUAACAAUAACGGAAUCGUUAUCAACAGUAGCAGCAAAAGUAACAGUCCAACACAGUCAUCAUCAACAUCAUUAGAAUCAUUAUCAUCAGCAGCCUUAUCAUAAUCUCGCCGCUAUACCCCUACGCACACACAUACAUGUAGAAGCACUCUUAGACAUUAUACAAUCAAAUACACAGCCACCUCUACUCGUACCUGAACGCUGCCCUGUGGAAUACAACCUCGUAUCGUCAUCGGCAGCGUUAUCGUCGUCACACUCACAACAGGAUAACACCACGACAAUUAUCACCAUCAGUCAGCUGGAGAUCAUCAAGUCGCGUGCGCCUCGCAUGCAUGCGAGGCUUGAAGCCGCCGUCCACGUAGGAGCCGUGGGGGAAGGAAACGCGAACAUCCCACCCGAGCUAUGGAACACGGGUUCGCAUCUCCACUCCGGUGCAUCACCGACCUCGUCGUCACGGUCAUCAUCUUCGUGGUCGUCGCCGCCGGCUUCGGCUACGUUCCUCUGGCCGGGGCCUCGGCCUCGUGGUGGUCGCUGGGUGCCGUGCCCGUGCAGAGGCCCGAGGUGUACCUGCUGGGCGCGCAGCCGCUGUGCGCCUCGCUGCCGGGUCUCUCCCCCGGGCAGCGCAAGCUCUGCUCCCUCUACCAGGACCACGUGACGCACGUGGCGGCCGGGGCGCGACUCGCCGAGCGCGAGUGCCAGCACCAGUUCCGCGCCAGGCGCUGGAACUGCAGCGCCGGGGACGGCGAGCACGCAUUUGGCAGGGUCACCGACACGGGCUCUCGCGAGGCCGCCUUCGUCUUCGCCGUGUCGGCCGCGGGCGUGACGCACGCGGUGUCGCGCGCGUGCCGCGAGGGCGACCUGGCCACGUGCGGCUGCAGCCGCGCGCCACGCCCGCGCGCCCUGCAGCGCGACUGGCUGUGGGGCGGCUGCGGCGACAACACGGAGUACGGCUACCGCUUCGCCAGGGAGUUCGUGGACGCGAGGGAGCGAGAGGACAGGGGAGCCGCCGAGCCGCGCCGGGCGCUCAUGAACCUGCACAACAACGAAGCGGGCCGUCGGGCCGUGUUCAACUCGGCCGAGGUGGCGUGCAAGUGCCACGGCGUGUCGGGCUCGUGCUCGCUCAAGACGUGCUGGCUCCAGCUCGCCGACUUCCGCAAGGUGGGCGACUCGCUGCUGCGGCGCUACGAGCGGGCGAUCGCGGUGCGCGCGACGCGGCGCGGCCGUCUCGAGCCGAGCGGUCCCAACAAAGCGCCCCCACCGGCUCCGCCUGUGCCCCCUUCGCCCUUCGGGGGACCUCUGCCGCCGUCGGGGGCAGGAGGAGGAGGAGGAGGCGGCCAGCAGGGAGCGGGGGCUGCGGCUGCUGCUGCUGCUGCCUCGGCGCUCGCGGAGGACGAGCUGGCGUACCUGGAGGCGAGUCCUGACUACUGCGCGCGUAACGGCAGCACGGGCUCGCUGGGCACGGCGGGGCGGCUGUGCGAGCGGGCGAGCGCGGGGCCGUCGGGCUGUGAGCUGCUGUGCUGCGGCCGGGGCUACGACCACUACAAGGCGACCGUGGUGGAGCGGUGCCAGUGCAAGUUCCACUGGUGCUGCUACGUCAAGUGCAAGAAGUGCUCGCGCACUGUGGACCAGUACGUCUGCAAGUGAUGGGGAGGGGGGGGGGAAGGUGGUUGCCGGUGGUGGCGAUUGCGGCAGCGUAGCGGUGAGCGCGCCGCGCUCCUGAACCCCCGCCACCCGAGUUAGAUUCCCGCUCACGGCCACCAACACC